AUGUCUUUCUUUUUUAAGAACUUUUUUCUUUUUCUUUUUCUUUCUUUCUUUUUUCCCAUUAUAUCGUUUGUCUUAUUUUCUAUUUCUUUCUUUCUUUCUUUAUUUCUUUCUUUACAUCUGAUCCAUCCUUUCAUUUUUCCUUCUUUUUUUUCUUUUCUUUUUCUUUUCUUUCAUUUUUCUUUCCCAUUGUAUCGUUUGUCUUUUUUUUUUUUUUUUCUUUCUUUUCUUUUUUUCUUUUCCUUCUUUCUUUGUUUCUUUCUUUCUUUUUUCUUCUCCAUCCUUUCAUUUUCCUUCUUUUUUUUCUUUCUUUCAUUCUAUCUUUCUUUUUUAUUAGCUUUUUUUUUCUUUUCAUUCUUUCUUUCUUUCUUUUUUCCCAUUGUAUCGUUUUCUUAUUUCUUUUUCUUUCUUUUUUUUUCUUUCUUUCUUUCCCAUUGGUGUUUGUCUUAUUUCUUUUUUUACAUUUUUUUUUUUUUUUUUUUCUUUUCUUUUUUCUUUCUUUCUUUCUUUCUUUCUUUCUUAUUCAAAAUCAUUCAAAAUUUUUCCAUUUUUUUCACUUCAACCACUCUUUUUUCUUCCUCCGUUUCUCACUUUCUUCCCCUUCCUUCUCAUUUGCCAACAUAA